AUUUUGCAUACUUCUUUACCAACAUGACCCCAAUCUAUAAACAAGAGCAGACAACUGUAACAAGCAUUUUGUAAGAAUUAUGGCCCCGUUUUUCCACUUAAAAUAUGCAUAUUAUUGAUAAAUCUUUGUUACAGUUUACGUACCACCUCAAAUAUUUUCUAUGUCCCUUGACAUAUUGCUUUAAUCUUUUGCGUACUUCUUUACCAACAUGACCCCAAUCUAUAAACAAGAGCAGACUACUGUAAACAGCAUUUUGUAAGAAUUAUGGCUCCUUAGUGAUUUUGUUAUUACUACACAUGCCUAAAUACAUAUUAUGUAUAUCAUGAAAUUAAUGUAAUUUGUGUACAAGGAAUUAAUGUCAAUGUGUUGUACUAAAUGGUUUUAUGAAUAACGAACUUUUUAACUCUGACUAGAUUAUGUGUUAUACCAUUUUUUAUUGUUGUUGUGAAUAGGCAACACAAUGACUACUAGAUCUACGGACAGCCAGGAACCAGGACAAACAACAUCCGUACACACGGAAGAAGUCGAUGAGACGAGUACCGAAACUAAAGAACAUAGCGACACUGCACAAGAGUACAAUUCACAAGAUGCAGCAGAAAAUAUGUUGAACAGUAAAUCAUCGGAUAUCGAUGAUAGUGACAAUGACAAAGACUAUAUUCCGGAAGAAGGCGAUGCAUCGUCAGAUGAGUCGAUAGUUGUCGAACUCAUACCAAACAUUCAAAGAUUUCAAAAGAAGACAGCGUCAACACUACCUCCUGUUGAAUCCUUGCAAUCUCGUGAACGUGACGAAUCAUCCGCAGAGGCACACAAAACCAAUAUCACCAUCGCUCAAACAAAUAACAGCAAUGUUGAAUAG